AUGAUCUCUGAGGAGGGAAUCUGCUUUUUCUUCCAGGGUCCCUUUUCCUUUGAGGAGGUGUCCGUCUCUUUCACGGAGGCUGAGUGGGCCCUGCUGGAUCCAGGACAAAGAGCUCUGUACAGGGAAGUCAUGCUGGAGAACUAUGGGAGCGUGCCCACGGCUAAGGAUCAUGCUUGCAGCGAAGUGCCUGGGAGCAAUCCUGCAACUACCUAUUUUUGUUAUCAGCAAGCAGCUGGCAUCAGGCCAGGAGACCGUGCACUUUGCCGUCUUGUCUGUAGCUCUGUUCUCAGCCUCCGUCUGCAGCGCUCUAAUUUUGUGGGUGAUACAAGAGGGCUGGGGACAGCCAACCGAGCAGAGGAUGAUCAGAGAAAUGAGGAGGACGAGGAACUUCAUCAACAAAUGCCAGUCAGAGUUAAAAAUGAAGACUUGAAAGGAAACGUCAGUUUUCGAGGCCUACCUAAGAGAAAGUACGGCAGCCAUAUGGCUGUGAAUCAAGAUGGAAGAAAACGUAACGUAACUAAGCACAGGAUGAUGAAGGCAAGUCAAUCCGUUCAGUGUGGAAAGUACUUCAGAAGUAGAUCGCAGCUCCUUGUCGACCAAGGAACCCACACAGAGGAGAAACCAUUCAAAUGCACAGAGUCUGGAAAGAGAUUCAGGAGGUUUGUAAAUCUUCAGGAACAUCAGAGAACUCAUACAGGGGAGAAACCAUUUUCCUGCAAAGAGUGUGGAAAGAGAUUCAGUCAGAGUGGCCAUCUUGAAGAGCAUCGAAGAACGCACACAGGAGAGAAACCUUUUGAAUGCUCAGAGUGUGGAAAGAGAUUCAGUCAGAGAAGCAAUCUUCAAGUCCAUCAAAGAACUCACACAGGGGAGAAACCUUUUGAAUGCUCAGAGUGUGGAAAGAGGUUCAGUCAGAGAGGCAAACUUCAACUCCAUCAAAGAACCCACACAGGGGAGAAACCUUUUGAAUGCUCAGAGUGUGGGAAGAGAUUCAGUCAGAGAAGCAGUCUUCAAGUCCAUCAAAGAACCCACACAGGGGAGAAACCUUUUGAAUGCUCAGAUUGUGGGAAGAGAUUCAGUCACAGUACCAGUCUUCACCUGCAUCAGAGAACCCACACAGGGGAGAAACCUUUUGAAUGCACAGAGUGUGGAAAGAGAUUCAGUCAGAGUAUCAAUUUUCACCUGCACAAAAGAACCCACACAGGGAAGAAACCUUUUGAAUGCUCAGAGUGCGGAAAGAGAUUCAGUCGGAGUAGCAGUCUUCAAGAACAUCAAAGAACCCACACAGGGGAGAAACCUUUUGAAUGCUCAGAGUGUGGGAAGAGAUUCAGUCAGAGAAGCAGUCUUCAAGUCCAUCAAAGAACCCACACAGGGGAGAAACCUUUUGAAUGCUCAGAGUGCGGAAAGAGAUUCAGUCGGAGUAGCAGUCUUCAAGUCCAUCAAAGAACCCACACAGGGGAGAAACCUUUUGAAUGCUCAGAUUGUGGGAAGAGAUUCAGUCACAGUACCAGUCUUCACCUGCAUCAGAGAACCCACACAGGGGAGAAACCUUUUGAAUGCACAGAGUGUGGGAAGAGAUUCAGUCAGUGUAUCAAUUUUCACCUGCACCAAAGAACCCACACAGGGGAGAAACCUUUUGAAUGCUCAGAGUGUGGAAAGAGAUUCAGUCGGAGUAGCAGUCUUCAAGAACAUCAAAGAACCCACACAGGGGAGAAACCUUUUGAAUGCACAGAGUGUGGAAAAAGAUUCAAUCAGAGAAGCAAUCUUCAAGUCCAUCGAAGAACCCACACAGGGGAGAAACCUUUUGCAUGCUCAGAGUGUGGGAAGAGAUUCUUUCAGGGUGGCUGUCUUCAACUGCAUCAGAGAACCCACACAGGGGAGAAACCUUUUGAAUGCUCAGAGUGUGGGAAGAGAUUCAGUCAGGGUGGCAGUCUUCAACUGCAUCAGAGAACCCACAAAGAGGAGAAAACUAUUGAAUGCUCAGAGUGUGGGAAGAGAUUCAGUCAGAGUAGCAGUCUUCAAGAACAUCAAAGAACCCACACAGGCGAGAAAACUUUUGAAUGCACAGAGUGUGGGAAGAGAUUCAGUCGGAGCGGCAAUCUUCAAGUCCAUCAAAGAACUCACACACGGGAGAAACCUUUUGAAUGCUCAAAGUGUGGGAAGACAUUCAGCCAGAGUAGCAGUCUUCAAGAACAUCAAAGAACCCACACAGGGGAGAAACCUUUUGAAUGCACAGAGUGUGGGAAGAGAUUCAUUCGGAACGGCAGUCUUCAAGUCCAUCAAAGAACCCACACAGUGGUGAAACCUUUUGAUUGCACAGAGUGUGGAAAGAGAUUCAGUCAGAGUAAUAAUCUUGAAGAGCAUCAAAGAACCCACACAGGGGAGAAACCUUUUGAAUGCUCAGAUUGUGGGAAGAGAUUCAGUCACAGUACCAGUCUUUACCUGCAUCAGAGAACCCACAAAGGGGAGAAACCUUUUGAAUGCACCGAGUGUGGAAAGAGAUUCAGUCAGAGUAUCAAUCUUCAGCUGCACCAAAGAACCCACACAGGGGAGAAAACUUUUGAAUGCUCAGAGUGUGGAAAGAGAUUCAGUUUGAGUGGCCAUCUCCAACAGCAUCAAGUAACCCACACAGGAGAGAAACCUUUUGAAUGCACAAAGUGUGGAAAAAGAUUCAGUCAGAGAAGCAAUCUUCAAGUCCAUCAAAGAACCCACACAGGGGAGAAACCUUUUGCAUGCUCAGAGUGUGGGAAGAGAUUCAGUCGGAGUAGUACUCUUCAAGAACAUCAAAGAACCCACACAGGGGAGAAACCUUUUGAAUGCACAGAGUGUGGAAAGAGAUUCAGUCAGAGAGGCAAUCUUCAACUCCAUCAAAGAACCCACACAGGGGAGAAACUUUUUGAAUGCUCAGAGUGUGGGAAGAGAUUCAGUCAGGGUGGCAGUCUUCAACGACACCAAACAAUCCACACAGGGGAGAAACCUUUUGAAUGCACAGAGUGUGGGAAGAGAUUCAGUAAGAGUAAUAGUCUUAAAGAGCAUCAAAGGACCCACACAGGGGAGAAACCUUUUGAAUGCACAGAGUGUGGGAAGACAUUCAGUCAGAGAAGCAAUCUUCAAGUCCAUCAAAGAACCCACACAGGGGAGAAACCUUUUGCAUGCUCAGAGUGUGGGAAGAGAUUCCGUCGGAGUAGCAGUCUUCAAGAACAUCAAAGAACCCACACAGGGGAGAAACCUUUUGAAUGCACAGAGUGUGGAAAGAGAUUCAGUAAGAGAGGCAAUCUUCAACUCCAUCAAAGAACCCACACAGGGGAGAAACCUUUUGAAUGCUCAGAGUGUGGGGAGAGAUUCAGUCAUAAUAGCAGUCUUCAACGACACCAAACAAUCCACACAGGGGAGAAACCUUUUGAAUCCUCAGAGUGUGGGAAGACAUUUAGUCACAGUUGCAAUCUUCAAGGCCAUCAAAGAACCCACAAAGGGGAGAAACCUUUUGAGUGCACAGGGUGUGGAAAGAGAUUCAGUCACAGUAGCAGUCUUCAACGACACCAAACAAUCAACAUAGGGGAGAAACCUUUUGAAUGCUCGGAGUGUUGGAAGAAAUUCAGUUGGAGUUGCAGUCUUAAAGAGCAUCAAAGAACCCACACAGUGGAGUAA